UUCGGAUGCUGCCAUCCACGUGCAUGGCCAAGGUCAUCCCCGUAACUUCACCUUCCCAGAAAAAGCCUGACAGCGAGAGUGAUUCAUUCAACCGCAAUGAGAUCAGGCCAAAAGGGCAACAACCCAACUCAGGGAAACGCCCCCGGUGAGCCAAAACAUAGCUCUCUUACUGACACGUGGAGAUUAUUCAUUGGUUUAAGAGCUAGAGUCCACUCUGUCCUAAGUUAGCAGGGGCCUGGGAAGGGGGAGACAAGAUGGCCUGUAGCCGGUUAUUUUUUUUUUCUUUUGUUCUUUUGGAGUGCUUAAAAAAUUCAAUGGCUGUUAUUGCUUCACUCUCCUAGGAGAAAAAUAUACUAAUUUUCUCCUUGGGAGUAAAAGACAGCAUUAACUACCAACUGGAAAUGAAAUACACUGCGCUGCCUCCAUUUUUCCCUUCUUUCUCUCUCUCUCUCUCUCUGUUUUUGUCUGCUUUUUGUUUCUCUUCUCUCUUCCAAAGGUACGUUUUUGCUUUUGUUUAACAGGAAAAAGUUGAUUGGUUUUUGUGAAAGGGCUUUGAUUUCCUUGCUUCUCCUUGUUGACCCUUUAGUAUUGGUUAACUGUUGCUGUCACUAAGUUCAAUAUUCUUCUCUCCUUUUCUUAUUCAUUGGGUUUUCUCGAAGCCUGGGGUGGUUAGAACUUAGGCUUAUAGGUGAAUUUUGCUAAAUCUCUUUGGUUUGUUCUUCUCUGAUUACUUCUGCAAAAUGUGGAAUUUGUUAAUGGUCCUUUGAAAGUUCUAAGCUUUGAUUAUAUUUUGGAGUUGCUUUGUGUGCUUCAAUAGCUUUUUGGGAUAUAAAGAGUUUGAAUAAUUGGAAACAAGGAGGUUAACCUAUAGAAAAGACAAUUCUCUGUUUCUGAAAAUAACUUCAGUGCAGUUUGCAAUUGUGUUUUUCAAGUUUGGGAUUCUUGUUGGGGUUAUCUGCUAGAAUAUAGAUGGUUAUGGAUCCUAGGUUUAGAGGGUUUUCUGGUUUCCAACUGAGGAAUCAAACCGUGUCUGUAUUUCCGAGUCAACCUGCAUCAGUUUUUCCGAAUCAGAACUCUGUUGCCGGUCCCAGAUUCCAGAACACCUACAUAGAUCACAACUUUAGGGAAUUUGAUUACCACCCACCUGAUCCAACACCAAGUAAUAUGGCACCUAUUUCAAGUUUGAGCCAUGAGGAAGAUCCGUCCGAAGACUGUGAUUUUUCCGAUUCAGUUUUGAGAUACAUAAACCAUAUUCUCUUGGAAGAAGAUAUGGAGGACAAGUCAUGUAUGCUUCAAGAGUCUUUGGAUCUUCAAGCUGCUGAGAAAUCAUUUUAUGAUGUCCUUGGCAAGAAGUACCCACCUUCACCUUCCGCUGAACAGAACUCUACUUUUGUUUAUGAAAGCGGGGAGAACCCUGAUGAUAGUUUCGUUGGAAAUUAUAGUAGUUAUUUCAGUAGUUGCAGUGAUGGUAGCAGCUACGUUGUUGACACUGGGCGGAUGCAAAAUUUGGGUGAUUAUAGUACCACUCAGGCACAAAGUCUUCCUGUUUCUGGCAUGUCUCAAUCAUCGUAUAGCUCUUCGAUGGCUAGCAUAGAUGGGCUGAUAGAGUCUCCAAAUAGUACUCUUCAGGUCCCUGAUUGGAAUGGUGAAAUCCAUUCCAUUUGGCAAUUCAGAAAGGGGGUUGAGGAGGCCAGUAAAUUUAUUCCAGGAAGCGAGGAGCUUUUUGGUAACUUGGAGGUCUGUGGAGUGGAAUCACAGGAGUCCAAAGGGUGGACUAGUGGUUUGGUUGUAAAGGAAGAGAAAAAAGAUGAAGGAGAGUACUCACCUACUGGUUCAAAGGGAAAGAAGAUUUCUCGCAGAGACGAUGUAGAAACUGAAGAAGAGAGGUGCAGCAAGCAGGCAGCAGUUUAUUCAGAAUCCAUUGUGCGAUCAGAGAUGUUUGAUAUGGUGCUGCUCUGUAGUUCGGGGAAAGCUCCAACUCAUUUUACAAAUCUUCGUGAGUCCUUGCGCAAUGGAACCAGUAAAAAUGUGCGGCAGAAUGGACAGUCAAAGGGACCUAAUGGUGGAAAAGGCCGUGGUAAGAAGCAAAAUGGGAAAAAAGAGGUGGUGGAUUUGAGAACGCUCCUGAUUCAUUGUGCGCAAGCAGUUGCAGCUGAUGAUCGUAGGAGUGCAAAUGAAUUGCUAAAGCAAAUCAGACAACAUACGUCUCGAUUUGGAGAUGGAAAUCAGAGAUUAGCUCAUUGCUUUGCUGAUGGUCUCGAGGCACGCUUGGCUGGUACAGGUAGCCAAAUCUAUAAAGGCCUUGUCAGUAAGAGAACUUCUGCUUCUGAUAUCUUGAAAGCUUACCUUCUACAUGUUGCUGCAUGCCCUUUUAGAAAGGUUUCUCAUUUCAUCUGUAACAAGACAAUCAAUGUUGCAUCAAGAAAGUCGAUGAAGCUUCACGUCAUAGAUUUUGGUAUUCUUUAUGGUUUUCAAUGGCCCACCCUCAUUGAGCGGCUUUCUUUGAGAUCUGAAGGGCCUCCAAAGCUUCGGAUUACUGGAAUAGAUUUUCCACAACCUGGUUUUAGGCCAGCUGAGCGAGUUGAGGAAACAGGACGGCGUUUAGCAGCUUAUGCCAAAGAGUUCAAGGUGCCAUUUCAGUACAAUGCCAUAGCAAAGAAAUGGGAUAACAUUCGAGUUGAGGAACUUGACAUUCACGAGGAUGAGUUUGUUGUUGUUAACUGUCUGUAUCGUGCUAAGAACUUGCUUGAUGAAACUGUGGCAGUAGACAGUCCAAGAAAUAUUGUUCUCAAUCUGAUACGGAAGAUUAAUCCAAAUAUUUUCAUCCAUGGGAUUAUGAAUGGGGCCUAUAAUGCCCCAUUCUUUGUCACACGGUUCCGAGAGGCUUUGUUUCAUUUCUCUUCAAUGUUUGAUAUGCUUGAAACUAUUGUGCCCCGUGAGGAUUGGGAGAGGAUGCUGAUUGAGAAAGAGAUUCUUGGCAGGGAGGCCUUGAAUGUUAUAGCUUGUGAGGGCUGGGAGAGAGUGGAGCGGCCUGAGACGUUCAAGCAGUGGCAUGCCCGUAAUCUGAGGGCUGGGUUUGUGCAGCUGCCAUUUGGAAGGGAGAUAGUCAAGGGGGCAACUGAAAGAGUGAGGUCAUUCUACCACAAGGAUUUUGUAAUUGAUGAAGAUAGCCGCUGGCUGUUGCAAGGAUGGAAGGGAAGAAUAAUUUACGCCCUCUCUGCUUGGAAGCCUGCUUAAGGAGCUUAAAUUUCAAAGUCUGCCUUUCUUCUCUUUGGGUGCUCUGACAGGAAAAAUUAGGAAAACUAAGUCAUGCUAAGAGAAGCUGAUGGUUAUCUGGUUUACUUCUAGAAGACUGACAGUAAUUAGAACAUCAACAACUUGAAGAACUGGAAAGUGUACACAGCGCUGAUUUGUUGUAUCUUAGCUGACCUCUUGUGGUUCCGUAGGCAACUUGACGACGAGGGAAAGAACUGUAAAAUACAUAUGAACAUGUUUACAGUUAAACUUGUAGAAGUAGACAUUCUAUGAUGCAAGCUACUGUGAAAUUUGCAAAAGCCUGCAUUUUUUCAAAGGUUUUUGCAGCUUCUUUCCAUCUUUUUAUGUCUUUGUAUUUGUCCAAAAUUCUGAGCAAAUUGUAUCAAAAAGCACUGAUAACAUUUGGGUU